GCUCCGGGGCCUGCUCUCUGCCGCUCCUCCGGGUCCAGCCGCCGCCAUGGGGUUCGGAGACCUGAAAAGCCCUGCCGGCCUCCAGGUGCUCAACGAUUACCUGGCGGACAAGAGCUACAUCGAGGGGUAUGUGCCAUCCCAAGCUGAUGUGGCAGUAUUCGAAGCCGUGUCGAGCCCACCGCCUGCCGACUUGUGUCAUGCCCUGCGCUGGUAUAAUCACAUCAAGUCCUACGAGAAGGAGAAGGCCAGCUUGCCAGGAGUGAAAAAAGCUUUGGGCAAGUAUGGCCCUGCAGAUGUGGAAGACACCACGGGAAGUGGAGGCACAGAUGGUAAAGACGACGACGACAUUGACCUCUUUGGGUCCGACGAUGAGGAGGAAAGUGAAGAGGCGAAGAAGCUAAGGGAAGAACGGCUUGCUCAGUACGAGUCUAAGAAAGCCAAAAAACCUGCACUUGUUGCCAAGUCUUCCAUCUUGCUAGAUGUGAAACCUUGGGAUGAUGAAACAGAUAUGGCAAAAUUGGAGGAGUGUGUCAGGAGUAUUCAAGCAGACGGCUUGGUCUGGGGCUCCUCUAAACUAGUGCCCGUGGGCUAUGGGAUUAAGAAGCUGCAGAUACAGUGCGUGGUUGAAGAUGACAAGGUGGGGACGGACAUGCUGGAGGAGCAGAUCACGGCUUUUGAGGACUACGUGCAGUCCAUGGACGUGGCUGCCUUCAACAAGAUCUAAAGUUCUCUCAGAUUGUUCCACUUCAAUAAAAGCUUGAACGAU